GGCACCUUUCAUUCGCAACAAGCAAUCGAUUAUGGUACAAAUAUGGUUGGCGGAGUUUCCCCUAACAAGGGUGGCAAGACCCACCUGGGAUUGCCUGCCGUUCGUGAAGUGAAACCGGACGCAUCCGUAGUUUACGUACCUCCGCCAUUUGCUGCUGACGCCAUUAUAGAAAGCAUCGAAGCCGAAGUACCUUUGGUGGUUACUAUCACCGAAGGUAUUCCUCAGAAAGAUAUGGUCAAGGUUGUAAAUAUCUUGAAAUCUCAAAAUAAGACCCGUGUGAUCGGGCCAAAUUGUCCGGGUAUAAUUGCACCUGGUGCAUGCAAAAUUGGUAUUAUGCCUGGGCAUAUUCACAGAGUUGGUAAAGUGGGCAUCGUCUCACGGUCUGGAACUUUGACAUAUGAGGCCGUUAAUCAGACAACUCAAGCGAACCUUGGACAAACGUUAUGUGUCGGAAUCGGUGGCGACCCGUUCAAUGGCACCAAUUUUAUCGAUUGUUUGAAAUUGUUUUUGGAAGAUGAGCGUACCGAAGGUAUCCUGUUGAUUGGAGAAAUUGGAGGUUCAGCUGAAGAAGAAGCAGCAGAAUUUCUUAAACAACACAACUUAACACGUAGCAAACCAAAACCAGUAGUUUCCUUCAUAGCUGGCCUAUCCGCGCCACCUGGUCGUCGGAUGGGACAUGCUGGCGCUAUUAUUUCUGGGGGAAAGGGAGGUGCCACUGAUAAAAUUAAGGCUUUGGAGAAUGCGGGUGUUGUUAUAUCUCCAAGUCCUGCAAGGAUGGGUGUCACUCUAAGAGCUGUAAGAUGA